UAACUUCACACCAAUUUUCCCGGUAAAUUGUAAACAAAGUGAACAAAGAAUUGAUGAAACUCACGUGGAUAUUCUAAAAUCGAAUAAAAACAAUAUUCUCCAACAUUUUAAUGCAAAAAUGGCUUUCCGUGCAGCAGGCAUGUCAGAUUCAUCAGAUGAUGAUUUUGAUUUUCAAAUAGAUGAUUCAAUUUCUUACGAAAAACUUCACGACAAUGAUGAUGAUGAUCAUGAUCAUGAUGAUGAAUGCAAAAAAAAUGAUAAAGCUGCUGAAGAAGCAGAAUUAAAGAAAGAAUGCGAAAUUAACGUACUUACCGCUUGUAUGACUGGAAACAUCGAUAUAAUUGAAGAAUAUAUCAGUUUGGGACAUAAUGUUGAUGAUUUCUUACACACUGGUUGGACUUUAUUAUUAUAUGCUUCCUCAGCAGUUAAGCCUGAAGUCGUUGAGUAUUUAUUAAGUUUAGGAGCAGAUGCAAAUAAACAUAAAGAUGGAUAUACUCCGUUGAUGGCAGUAUGUGACUCAACCAAAGGAACUACUGAACAAACUUUAAAGUGCAUUUCACUUUUGUUAGAAGCGAGAGCUGAUCCUAACGCUACUAAUAAAGACAGGAGAACUGCAUUAAUGUGUGCCUGUAGAUCAAAAGCAGUUGAAGUAGUAACGGAGCUUUUAAAACAUAUUAAAAAUAUUGAUACUUGCGAUAAUGAAGGACGAACGGCAAUUUUUGAUGCAGUUACUGCCAAUAAACCGGACGUAGUAAAAGUUUUAAUCAAGAAUAAAGCAUCGGUAACUGUAAUAGAUCGUCGUAAUUUAACAGUAAAAGAUAUUGCAAAUACGAAAAAUUAUACUAAGAUUUUGGGACUUUUAGAAUUUGAUGAUAAAGAAAUUGAUAACUAUUGCCCAGUAUUUACAGUAAAAACAUGGAGAGAUGCUUUAGCAAGUAUUAACCAUUCUGAUCCAGACUCUAUUGACCCGGAAAUUGUGAACUUUUUAUUUGCGAUGAAUUUGGAAAAGCAUCGACAAAUGUUUAAAGGCAUGAGUUCUAAGACUUUUUUACAAUUGACUCAAGAGGAUCUUAUUAAAAUGGGAAUGGAUAGUGAACAUGAAAGACAGAUGUUUUUAAAUGGAUUACGUAAAUUUCAUGCAGCCCCAUGGAAGCCAACCAGUAUAAGAGUUGCUAAAAGCUCAUCAUCUCAAUCAUUAUUCGAUGGUGUGGCAGCCAUAAUCAACAUAACUCGUCAAUUAGCUGUAAUUGGUGCAACUUUCGGCUACAUAAGGAAGAAUUUAAUGAAAGAUGAUGGGAGUGGAAUGAUACUUGAUAAAAAUGAGUGUAAUAUGAUUCGAAAAGAACUUGAAGAAACUGAAAAAAUUUUAGCUCUGUUAAAGAAAGAUUUAAAUAGUACUCUAAAAUUCGCUGAAAAGGUAAAAAAUAAUAGUCAAACUAUGUUACCACCAUCGUAUAUUGGACCAAAAAAUGGAAGAUCUAAAAUAAGCUGGACAACAAUAAUGACUUUUACGGUAUUAGCUGGAAUUUUAAUGACAAAAACAUCUUUUAUACAAAGACUGUGGAAUUAAUACUAGGAAUAUUCUACAACGAAUUAUUAUUUAAAAAAAAAAAAAAGUAUUAUUACAUUAACAAUUUUUUUUUUUAAAAGUUUAUCAAAGUUACAGAAAUAACAAAUGUUUUAUUUUGAUACUUAUAAGAUACGUUGUAACUUGUGAAUAAAAAUAUAUAUCUUUAGGA